AUGACGGAAAUGGGUGCCAGUCUUUGGCCCACGCAGCCAGUGGACCCUCCGGCGUGGGCCAGCGCGAUGCACAAGCAGGCAUUCAACAAGCUCCGCGCGCUCGAGCUGACGCACUACAGUCGCGUGAUCUUCGUCGACAAUGACGUCAUGCUGCGUGCGAAUGUCGACCACCUCGCCUUCCAUCCGGCUCCUGCGGCGGUGUGGUUCCCAGUCAACGGCUCGAGCGGCGGCAUGACAACCUUCAACAGCGGCGUCAUGAUUCUCGCACCUGACCUGAGAAUCCUGAGGAGCCUGCAAGUCGCCAUCGCGGCGCCACGCCCGCCAUUGAGUGAGAGCGAUGGGGACGACGGGAGCGAUCAAGAGCUCCUCUUUCACGCAACCUCCAGGAACUGGACGUGGAGCGUGCUGCCAGUGGCGUACAAUACUCAUCGCGCGAUGUGCCUCUCCAAUGCCUCGUGGGCAGACGUCCGCAUCUUGCACGCCAUACAUGGCUACGACGGCAAGAUACCGCCCCCGUAUCGGGACCACAUCGCCAAGUACGGCACGAGGCGCAGCCCGUCCUGGGAGCGAGGAGUGGCCGAGAACUGGUACACAUAA